UGGCGGGGCAUCUAGUACAGUUUGACCGUUUAGAUGGCGGCGUACAGUCGCUCUCCGCUGCUGCUCCUCUUCUCCUCCGUGUUUCUCUGCGGCUUCGGCUCGGUCCUCGGCCUGGAGCCUGUCGGCGGCCCUCCAGAGCCCCCCAUCCUGACCGUCUGGACCCCCGAUCCCCCGGCGAGUGACGCACCUUCCCUCGCCGCCGACGGCUGGAAGCUGUGGGAGGCCUGCCGGGAGGACCUGACCCGCCUCUGUCCCGAGCUCACCUGGACCAACGACCUGGCCGUGCUGGAGUGUCUGCAGGACCGCAGAGAGUUAUCUGGGGACUGUAAGGUGGAGGUUCAGAGGAUUCUCCACCAGAGGGCGCUGGACGUGAAGUUGAACCCGGAGCUGCAGAAAGAAUGCAUGACCGACCUCGGAAAGUGGUGCCCGGAGGACACCGAACCUGGACAGGAGUUGGAGUGUCUGCAGGAUCAUCUGGAGGAUCUGGUGUCGGCCUGCAGGGACGUGGUGGGAAACCUGACAGAGCUGGAGUCAGAGGACAUCCAGAUUGACGCUCUGCUCAUCAGAGCCUGUGAACCCGUCAUCCAGGCCCACUGCCAUGAUGUAGCCGAUAACCAGGACGGUGAUCUGAUGGAGUGUUUGGUUCAGAAUAAACACCAGAAGGAGAUGAACGACAAGUGUGCAGUCGGUGUUACGAAUUUCCAGCUGAUUCAAAUGAAGGAUUUCCGGUUCUCCUACAAGUUCAAGAUGGCCUGCAAGGAGGACGUUCUGCGUUUGUGUCCAAACAUCAAGAAAAAGGUCGACGUCGUCAUCUGUCUCAGCACCACGGUGAGGAACGAUACGCUGCAGGACGCCCGAGAGCAGCGAGUUUCUCUCAAGUGUCGCAAACAGCUGCGAGUGGAAGAGCUGGAGAUGUCGGAGGAUAUUCGACUGGUACCGGAGUUUUAUGAUUCCUGUAAGUUUGACAUCAGUCGUCUGUGUCCCAACGUGGCCUUUGGAAACGCUCAGGUGAUCGAGUGUCUGAAGGAGCAGAAGAAGCAGCUCAGUCAACGUUGCCACCAGAGGAUCUUCAGGCUGCAGGAGGUGGAGAUGAGCGACCCAGAGCUCGACUACCAGCUGAUGAGAGUCUGCAAGCAGAUGAUCAAGCGGUUCUGUAUUGAGACAAGUUCCAGGUACCUCUUUGAGUGUCUGAAGCAGAACAAGAACAGCGAGCUGAUGGAUUGGAAGUGUAAACAGAUGGUCAUCAAGAGACAAAUCACACAGAACACAGACUACAGAUUGAACCCGGUGCUGAGGAGAGUUUGUCGAGCCGACAUCCCAAAGUUCUGUCAGUCCGUCCUUAACAAGGCGACCGUGGACAGCGAGCUGGAGGGUCAAGUCAUCGCCUGCCUCAAGCUGCAAUAUCCCGACCAGAGGUUGUCUCCAGACUGUGAGGACCAGAUCAGAGAGAUUCUGCAGGAGUCGGCGCUCGACUACAGACUGGACCCUCAGCUGCAGAUACACUGCUCAGAUGAGAUCUCCAGAUUGUGUGAUGAGGAGGCGGCGGCUCAGGAGCAGACCGGUCAGGUGUUGGAGUGUCUGAAAAACAACCUGCUGGAAAUCAAACGAGAGGGCUGUAUAAUGGAAGUCGUGAACAUGCUGAAGCAGAGUAAGGCGGACAUCUUUGUGGACCCGGUCCUCUCCACAUCCUGCGCUCUGGACAUCAAACACCACUGUAACGACAUCCCACCUUUCGGAGGACGACAGAUGUCGUGUCUGAUGGAGGCGUUACAGGAAGGGAGCGUUAGCCUGCAGCCUGAGUGUCAGAAAAGACUUCAAGAUCGAAUUGACAUGUGGAGCUACGCUGCGACGCGUACAGGUGUGGAGCCGCUCUGCUGUCCGACGGACCAGUUCUGGACACAUGAGGAUAGGAUCCCGUCUGAAACCACCAGAUCUACUAUUAGGUGGAUCAUUUUUAUCGCGCAGUCGACCCUUGAUUGGUUUCCACGUCUCCUCCCUUACAUUUAGCUCAACAACUGUGUGUUUCGGUUGUUUAUAUAGAUUUUUAGAUUCAACACUGAUUCAGAUAUGAACACUAAACUGUUGGGAGCAUCUCAGUCACCUAAAAUAAGUCUCAAUCUUUAGUCUAAAGAUGUCAGGUUUUGGGUUUUUCAUGUUUAAGUUUGUGGUUUGUUUUUGAGGGAGCCUCCUCUACCCUGCUGAUCGGAGCAUCGCUACAGCUAACCCAUGUAGACGUUCAAAUCAUGAAGAGAGAUAUUAGAAAAAUGAAUGCUAACUGCACCGCUCCUUUGAUUCUUUGUUUUUCUUUCCAACUUUGUAACACGUACAGUUCAUAAAGUGGAAAGCAGCAAUAAAGAGCUUUCUGCAGCUGGAA